UACAGCGACGGGUCGGUGCAAGAGGUGAGGCAGCAGUGGAACGACUGGAUCGCGCAGACCAUCCGUGUCUACGCGGACGAGGAGUACGUGGAGAUGGAGUGGACUGUGGGUCCCGUUCCCGUCGACGACAACAUCGGCAAAGAAGUGAUCACCAGAUUUGAGACCAACUUUGAAAACAACAAAGAGUUUUAUACGGACGCCAACGGACGACAAAAUGUGAAACGAGUGAGAAAUUCAGAGCAACAGAGUUGCGGUCAAUACAAGGAAAGCGUUUCCAAAAACUAUUACCCUAUAUAUGAGCGGAGCUUCAUUCAGGACCACCAGAAGGACAUACAGCUAACGGUACUGACCGACAGAGCACAGGGAGGGUCGAGUGAGGCUGACGGACAGUUGGAGCUUAUGAUCCAUAGGAGACUUCUGGCCGUAAAAGACAUCAGCCUUAACGAGACGGGUGUUGACGGGAAAGGGCUGGUAGUCCGAGGGAAGCACUACUUGUUUUUCAAACCCAUCAAUGAGUCGACAAAACUGUACCGCGAUUUGAGUCGACGACUAGUGAUGUCUCCAUUGAUGACAUUC